AUGAAAUUGUUUAGUGAUCUCUAUCCUAAAGAGUCUAAUGAGUAUCAACACUUGAAAUCAUUAUUAUUGGAAGAUUGGAACCAAGAAUUAGCUGCUCAAAGAUUACGCAUUAUCUUGAUUUAUAAAAUAAUGAAAAUCUUAUUAAAAACUUCAACAGCCUUAGAUUACACUAAAGACCAACAAGAAUUAUCCGAGCUUGAAAUAAAAGAGAUUAUCAAAAGGGUUUCCAACUGCUUGCAAACUCAUUUUACAAACUUUAAAUUCAAAUUAGAUCAAUACCAAUUAAUUGUUGAAGUUUGGAAUAUGUUUACCAACGACUUGAGCUUAACGGUGGUAGAUGAAAUUUUGGAAAAUAAUGGCAUCCUCAAAUUGAUUAAUUGA